GAGCUCCUUGGUUGAGUGUUCCAAUUUCUCCCAUUCAUUUCAAUAGAAGAGACCUCGUCUCUGCUGAAUAAUAUCUGGUUGAACACACAUAAUCCGGAAGAAGCUUGUUGAUCACUUGACCAGUAGUGGACUCCUAUGUGAUACAAUUUAGUUACGAGUCCCAUUCUACACUGUUCCGAAAUUAUUCAACUCACGUGGGCGAGGAAUGAAAUAUGGCUACGUCUGAGCUUAUGCUGAGUCUUGGACUUAUUGAGAGAGAUGUGAAUGCAGACACCCUUUGGGUUUGGUGCUAUCCCUCCAUCAAUGCAGAUCUGCGAGAGCUUCUGAUAAGAAAAUGUUGCUUGACUUGGGACAAUCAGGUGCUGCACACGUUUGUGUUCGGUCAGUACUGCAGAAUCUGGUACUACAUCAGCACUGUAGAGGUUCAGGAACCCACUGCACUGAAAAAGGUGACACAUUUUUCAAUAGUUGUCACAGCUAAGGACUUUAACCCUGAAAAAUAUGCUGCAUUCAGUAGAGUUCUGUGCAGGACGUAUAUGAAACAUGGAAGUCCUGUGAAGAUGAUGGAAGGCUACAUUGCUGUUCUGACCAAAGGCAUAUGCCAGAGUGAUGAGAAUGGCUCCUUCCUUAUCAAAGAUUAUGAUGUCAGGAAAGCCUACUUGGCUGGCUCCAUAAAAGAUAUUGUGUCUCAGUUUGGUAUGGAGAUUAUCAUCCUUUACACAGCACUAAUGCUGAAGAAAAGAGUGGUGGUUUAUCACCCACAUAUUGAGGCACUGCUGGAGUUUACAAGAGCACUUCCUGGCCUCGUGUGGCAUAGGAAAGACUGGUCCAUACUCCACCCUUUUGUUCACCUGGAUGAUAAUGAACUGGAAAACCUCAAGCUGUGUACAGGGUAUGUUGCGGGGUUUGUGGAUCCUGAAGUUCGAGACCGAUCAGACCUGUUUGAUGUGUGUGUUAAUCUUCCAGACUGUGAGAUCACUAUAUCACAAAAUGCCAAAGAGGCAAUGGCUAUGGGAAAACUCCAUAAAGAGAUUGGCCACUUCAUUGUCCAGGCCGCAGACAACGCUGAUCGCACAGAUGCACAGGUUAUUAAGGAUAUUUCAGUAAAAACUAAGGAGAUCCUCAGUAACCUGAUGUCUCUUGCUGAUGAAGCAAUGAACUCUAAACUGACUUUGGAGACUCUGAAGCAACAGCACUACCCUCCAGCUACUGAAAACUUCCUCUUCCACUUAGCUGCAGCUGAGCAACUCCUGAAGAUCUGACCAAUCAGUGCAUCCCAUUGACAUGCCUCAGUAAUCAGUCAGAGAGAAACUUACCAUUAGUUUUAUUUGAAAAACAAAAUCUCUGUUUAGAGAUUUUAUUUGGGGCUGUGAUGGUGCAAGAGUUAUAUUGGAAUAUAAAGAUGUUUUAUAUAUAUAUAUAUAUAUAUAUAUAUAUAUAUAUAUAUAUAUAUAUAUAUAUAUAUAGAUAUAUAUAUAGAUAUAGAUAUAUAAUAUAUACACACACAGAACUGUGCAAAAGUCUUAGGCACAUAAGAUGCUUCACAAAAACAUUUGUCUUAAGAUGGUUAUUUAUUUUUUCAGCUUUAGUGUGUAAAUAGGAAAUAUACAUUUUAGACUCCCAAACAUUUAUUUUUCGAAUAGAAUAGAAUAGAAGAACAGGGAGCCCUGCAACAGAUGUCAUGGCCUCCACAAAGUCCCCCACUGAACAUCGAGUCAGUCUGGGAUUACAUGAAGAGACAGAAGCAAUUGAGACUGAAAUAGAUAGAAGAACUGUGGUGAAUUCUCCAAGAAGUUUGGAACAUCCUGUCUGCCAACAACCAAGAAAAACUGUGUCCAGGUGACACUAGGAGAAUUGGUGCUGUUUUGAAGGCAAAGGUGGUCACACUGAAUAUUGAUUCAGCUUUUUUUUUAAUUUAUUUUUCUUUUUAUGUUUACUGCACUUUGUAUGACGUUAAUUGAUCAAAGAAAACUAUUUAUGGCAUUAUUUUUGAAGACAUCCUCACUAUGCAACAUUUUCCCCAAGUGCCUAAAACUUUUGCACAGUACUGUAUUUCAUAUAAAGAUAUAUAGAAGAUUGCUAUACAUGACCUCCUCGUGUGUAUAAUUAAGAAAUUUGAUAAAACAUUGGACGUUACAUGUUUUUAAGUGAUAACACAGGUUUUAGAUAAACGUUUCAUAAUCAAUCCUUUAGUAUUUGGAUCUUGAGCCAAGGAAUGACUUAGACACUUCCUUUGCAAGCAUUUCUGAGUUUUUUGUAACCAAGUUUUUUCAUGAUCUUUUUUGUUUGAACUUUCAGAAGAUUUCACGGUUGCACAUCAAUGCAAAAAAAGUCAGAUGGUUGCCUAAUUUUUGUCUUAAUUAAAGGCAUUUUUUUUGUAUGGGAUGGGAACUUGCAUCCGUAAAAACUUUAAGAAUAGCAGUAAUCCGAGUAGCUCUAAGACCCAGUUAAAUUCAGAAUGUAAUGAAAUGAGAAAGUAUUACUGAACUAGACAACUAGUAUUACUGAAUAGUGCCAAAACCUAUUCUUAAAGUUCUAAUGUUAAUUAACAAUCUAUAGGCUAUUCACGUUAGUGUACUUUGUUUUUGAUUGUAUACUGAUUAUAUGUAGAUAGAAAGGUCUAUACUCAUGAAGUGGAACUUGGUUCCAAGUUUUCAUUUCUUUAUAUUUUUGGAGAUUUAAUCUCAAAACCCCUUGUUAUGAAAGGCUAUUCUCUCUGCCUAAAUUGAUCAUGAAAGGUUAUAUGUGUGCAAUAUAUCCUAAAAAACAGGAUGAUCAAGCUGUACUUCUCUUUAAUUCCUUAAUCGUCCUAAUCCUUUAGAUAGAAAAGUCAAAAAUGCUGUUUUCUCAGCUAUUGUUUUUAAUUUUGUUAUAUUUUGUUAAAUGUAUAUGCUAUUACUAAUUAUACAAAAAAUGUUUAUAUACAGAAUGAGUUGCAACUGGAAUUUUAUUGAUGACAUAAUCUGAGGCAGGGGGAAUAAUGUAUAAAUGCAUUAGCAGUUUUUGGUAAAUUUCAUUUUCAAUGCAGUGCCAAACCCUUUUAGCCUGAAAUGCAGUUAUUAAUUUAUCAUUAAUUCAAAACCUAACAAAUGUUCUUAUCGAGCAUAAAAUUAUUCUAUUGACCACAAUCUUGAAAUGCAGUUGACUUAGUGUACUGUAUUGCUUUUAUUGUCAUUUUGUGUGAGCAAAUCUGUCAAUAAAAGUCACCAUCAAGAA